GUAGUUAGUCUUUGGUAGGUACGCUGACGCCCAUCUUUUGGUGAUGCCAACAGGAUUGGAUUACGGUCGUUAUGUGGCCUUAAUCUAUGUAGAUUUGAGCAAGGUUUCUGAAUGACAAGUAUAUGUCGUCAGUUGUAGUUCUUACUCUUCAGAACUUCAAGUACCAGCACUAGUUCCACCAUCAUCUACCUAGUAGAAACGGGUGUUUUCGGAAACAUGGGCGAGUUUAGCAACGACGCUAGGGAUGACUUGCCGACGCCCUCGUCCUCGUCAGUGAGCAUGAGAGAGCAGCGGGAAACGGAGGAAACAGUACUAGGUUUGUUCCGCGAGUUUCUAGCCGAGCACAGUGGCAUGAAGGACUACAAAGACGAAGCCAUCCGGUUACACCGCGAAAAGCACAUUGACUGGCUCCACAAGGCCAUUUACGGCAUUCCGCGACAGUUUUCCGGUCUCGACGCUAGUCGGCCUUGGUUCGUGUUCUGGAUCUGUCACGCUUUGGAGCUCUUGCGCGAUGACAACUUUAUUUAAGGUUAAUAUAUAACUACCGCCCACGUGCCCCCGGCGUGUACACACGCCGGGGUAUUUAAGGUUAAUAUAUAACUAUCCACCGAAGUUAAAUCCAUUCUGUGGAUUAAGGUUUAAUAAAAGCCAUAAAAAAAUCCUAAAAUGGAUUUGUCCAUCCAUCCACUUGGCCACGUCGGUGGAUAGCCUUUAUUUAAGGGCUAAUGGAUUUGUCCACGCGAUGACAACACUAUCCACCGACGUGGACAAAUCCGUUCUGUCUGUAAGUUGUAACGCCGUAACAAAUAACUGUGCUCACGUCCAAAGUGAAAAGGAGCAUAAGCUCAAAAAAUAUAUGCACGAACUUGUAAGUAAAUACUCAGAGCAAACUACCUCCGCUAAUUUAUCGAGGAUCCUGAGUUUCGAAAACGGAUGGUCACCUUCCUCACGCAGUGCAUUUGUCCGAGGCACGGCGGCUUUGGCGGGGGGCCGAAACAACUCAGCCACAUGGCGACAACGUAUGCGGGAGUGGCAGCGUUGUGCAUAGGCGAGUCCUUUGCCGCAGCAAACUUGGAUCGCGAACUCAUGUUAAGGCUAACCCUAAAGUAAUCCAUCUUCAGAGAAGUCUCCCCUAAUGUAACCCACCUUCAGAGAAGUCUAUUAAUCCAUCUUCGGAAGCAGCCUCAAGAGGGUUGGUUUUCAAGGGGAAAUAUGAUAUAGCAUGCAGGAUGCAUCUUGAGAUGGAUUAGGGUAAGCUCUAAUCAUGUACCGUUUUCUGCUCGCAAGGAAAGACCCAAAAACCGGAGGAUUCUCGAUGCACGCGGACGGCGAACUCGAUAUACGGGGAACGUAGGAGUUUUUCAAUCUUCUACUUCUGGGUUAUGUUGUAAAAGAUUUAAGAAUAAGAAUAAAGUUUAGAUAUCAGAAGAAAAUCGUCAGGGAAAUCUCAGACAUGUUGCCGAAGAGAUUCAAAUCAUGACCGAGAUGAAAUCUUCGGGCAAAGCUUAUAGACACCUCGCCGAACAAUAGGGUUAAAUCAUCAAAUAUCAAUGUGAUGCCAGUACGAAUGUUGACCAGGAAAUAUAUCCUCACCACAACAGGUAUUGCGCAAUAGCAGUAGCGUCGAUGCUUCAGAUUUUGACGCCGGAGUUAGCAGAGCGCGUGGACGAGUAUGUACUUUCGCAUCAAAGUUGGGACGGUGGGUUGAGUGGCGAGCCAGGCCUAGAAGCGCACGGAGGCUAUUCAUAUUGCGGUUUUGCGGCCCUUGCGAUCUUAGGCUGCGCAGUAGACACGCUUGACGUUGAACGGUACGGUGAAGAGACUUAGAGAUUUAGUUUACAGGAGGUGUUGUUCGUGUUCAGGUGUUCACCAACGAGAUGUCUUUGGCUCCUUACAAUAUGAAAAUUGUCCUGUGUACUAGACACCAUCGUUUCUUCUCAUAAAUCUAGAGAUGAAAGAAAACCGAAACGAACCGCUUAUUUUGUUUUUGCUCAGGUUGCUGCACUGGCUAUGCCACAGGCAAAUGUCCUUAGAAGGCGGGUAUCAAGGACGGACGAACAAGUUGGUGGACUCGUGUUAUAGCUUCUGGCAAGGAGCGACUUUUGCCCUGGUUAGACACGCUUACGAAUUCGCGCAGGCUUCUGAAGGCGGUUUAUCUGAAGAUGGAGUAGGAGAAGUAGGGCUUCGGGUUCUUCCAGACGUGCCCAAAGGUCACAGUUGGACACAGCCAGAGCCGUUGCAAAUGUAUGUCUUUUUAGCGUGCCAAGACGAGGAGCGUGGCGGUUUGCGGGAUAAGCCGGGGAAGAGACCGGACUUUUAUCACACCUGCUACUCGCUUUCCGGCGUCAGCGUGAACCAGAGUGUCGUGCAAGCAGACGGGCGCGUUGUUCGCAACGUAGUAGGCAACCCCGAGACCAACGACUUGCAGCAAAUAGACCCGUUUUACAACGUAGGCCUACCGAAAAGCCAGCGGAUGCGGGAGUUCUUCGCAGGACUGCCACCUUUCCGAUCCCCAACGCGCGGGGAGGUCGGACAGGAGGGCGCCGGUGUGGUCGCAUGGCGCAAGCGUUUUCGCUUUCAAUGAUCGCUGUAUACCUAAAGAGCUGUCAUUGAAGAUCAUCAUGAAGUUGUAAAAAAACACUAGAUUCUAAGAAUAAUCCUCGCCUUCUUCAUACAUGUUUGAGUUGUCCCCUCAAUUUCCCGCACAUCCAGCACCCGACCCCAAGGACAUAUUUCUACACUAGAAACGCGCCCUCAUGAUUUUUUAUCACAUAAACGAGUUUUUUAUCACAUGCAACAAGAAACAACCGCCAAAAAAGUGCAGGUAGAGGGG